UAAGAACGGAGUACCUUACAAAACUACAACAAAUUUACCAUAAAUGUUGAUGUACAAAUAUCUGGAGACAUGAUUUUGUAUAGGGAAAUAAGUAAAACCAUGGUUCUAGUUUUAUUGAAGCGGAUGUGGAGGCGGAAGUGGAGGAUUGGUACAUGGUAGUGAUAUGGUCAUUGCUAGCAAAAGAAAGGUGGAUAGUAUCUCAAUAUAUACAAUAUUGGAAAGUCCAAAGUGUUGAGCGACAUAGGCGUCUAAUGAACAAUUUUAGACGAAAUGUUUAUCCUGAAAAAAGGUAUAUUGUUCUAGAACUGUGCGAGCAAACUAAAGAAAGACCAUGCGAAGUUUUUCGCCAGCAACUAGCAAGCAGUCACAGCACCGUGUGGCUAGGCUAAAUUAGCUAGGAAGUAUCGUCGUUUUUAAUGACAACAGCAGCUAGAAGUACUCGAGUGACACGAAGCAGGAUAAUCGUAUGCAUGAGAAUGGUUUCAAUUAGCUUGUCCGGUUUAUUGUGGAGCAAAUAACGUCUGUUGCUGCAUCGGGAAGGUCGACCCUUCAACUCCACGGAUCCCCCUGUCUGUUGUAGCGACGAGCUAGCUAAGUUAACGUUCUCCUUCAAAUGAAUGGACGUCGGAGUGGACACGGUUUGAUCAACAAUGUGCGCUAAUUGCUAGCUAACUGCCCUCGUUUCAAUGUUGAUGGUCAUCAGCUUCUCGUCCGGAUGAAAGAGGAUCGCACUCAUUUAGACUGGAAAACGACUCAAGAAUGGCAUAAUUAAAUUGGAUAAUCACUGAGGCGCAACUUUAAAUGGAUGAUAUUGCGAAAUCUGGAUAAAAUAAUACAAUAUCCUGGCACAUGAAGAUGUCACAACCGAUGGAUAUUCAAAAGUGAAAUCGCAAAUAAUGUGGAUAAUGUUUUAUUCGACGAAUAUGGAGCUUAGAAUAGUUAUAAAUGCAAUUUUUUUUCGGCCGUUUUUAUUUUGAUGGGGGAUCAUAUGUCCAGGGGAGCGAUGGCGCUUUUGACUGAUCUUGUCCUGCGCUCCAGGUAGUUCUCAGUUCUGCAGUUUACGUUGCUGCACAGGAGUGGUGGGGGUGGACGCCGCCCGGCUUGGCCCAGUAAUUUCCUUAAAAUGGAAUAGGAAUGGACAUUUUAUUUUUGAUAUUUUUACAGUUUUGUCUUUCAGACGUCAACUCAACAAUAUUGUCAUGUCGCCCAGCUGUUGGCAUAUCAAGAAAUUGUCUUCAUUGAAAUUAUUUUUUCUUGAUACUAAAACAAUCAUGAACAUGAAGGAGAAGUUGCCGAAGCAACAAUAUGUGUGCUAAUUGAAAGAUGGCCUAAUCAUGGACUGAUGUCACUCACAGAUGUCAACAUAAUACAUUUUUAACACAAGUACGAUUGGCUUUUUAAAGAAAAUUUAACAGUUGGGAUUUCAUCAUGUCCGAUUUUGCUGAAUUCGUACCCCCUCCUGAGUGCCCAGUUUUUGAGCCGAGUUGGGAAGAUUUUUCGGAUCCACUAGGAUUUAUAAACAAGAUUCGACCUAUUGCAGAGAGAACUGGCAUCUGCAAAAUUCGACCGCCUGAGGACUGGGCACCCCCUUUCGCCUGCGACGUACGCAACUUCCGCUUCACUCCCAGAGUCCAGAGACUCAAUGAAUUGGAGGCCCUCACUCGAGUCAAGCUCAACUUCCUGGAUCAGAUUGCCAAGUUCUGGGAGCUGCAGGGGUCCAGGCUGCGCUUCCCUCAUGUGGAGAGGAAGAUCCUUGAUCUGUACCAGCUCAGCAAGAUUGUCUCCUCUGAGGGAGGCUUUGGAACAGUGUGUAAGGAGAAGAGAUGGUCCAAGGUGGCUAGCAGGAUGGGUUUCCCCCCGGGGAAAGGUAUGGGCUCUCUGCUGCGGUCCCACUUUGAGAGGAUCCUCUACCCCUAUGAGCUCUUCCAGUCUGGAGCAACGCUCACUGGUAUCCACCGUCUGUACGAGGAGGGAGAUGAUGGAGAGGAGCAGGACGAGGGCAUGGGGGAAGAGGAGGAUGAAGAGGACAGAGAGAGGGACAGCCUGAGUGACGGGACUCCGAACAAGGACUGCCCGCUCCCUGAGCGACGCUCUCGCCGUCUGAAGUCUGAGGUCGGUGAUGAGCGGGAAAUCAAAGAGCCCAAGACCCUGCAUAUCUUUGGCAGUGUUCCCAAGAUGGUUGGGUUAGAGAUUGUACCAGCUGAAGAAGAUGGGAUGAAUAAGAAGCAGCGUCACCUGAAGGCCCAGGCCUUCGCCAUUAAGAUGCGACCGCGCAAGGAGACCCUGGAGGUCAACUUUAUCCCCCAGAUUGACCUGUACAUGUGCCUGAUGUGUGGGCGAGGUGACGAGGAGGAUCGCCUCCUGCUGUGUGACGGCUGUGAUGAUAGCUACCACACCUUCUGUCUGAUUCCGCCCCUACAGGAUGUCCCCAAGGGGGACUGGAGAUGCCCCAAGUGUGUUGCUGAGGAGUGCAGUAAGCCGCGGGAGGCGUUUGGCUUUGAGCAAGCCGUGAGGGAGUACACCCUCCAGAGCUUUGGAGAGAUGGCUGACCACUUCAAGUCAGACUACUUCAACAUGCCUGUGCACAUGGUGCCGACAGAGCUGGUGGAGAAGGAGUUCUGGCGUCUGGUGAGCUCCAUCGAGGAGGAUGUCAUUGUGGAGUAUGGAGCUGACAUCAGCUCUAAGGAGGUGGGCAGUGGCUUCCCUGUCAGGGACGGCAAGAGACGGCUGCUGGGAGACCAAGAGGAGUACGCCAACUCAGGCUGGAACCUGAACAACAUGCCAGUUUUGGAGCAGUCGGUCCUUACCCACAUAAACGUGGAUAUCUCUGGCAUGAAGGUGCCCUGGCUCUACGUGGGCAUGUGCUUCUCCUCAUUCUGCUGGCACAUCGAGGACCACUGGAGCUACUCCAUCAACUUCCUGCACUGGGGGGAGCCUAAGACGUGGUAUGGUGUCCCGGCCCACGCGGCAGAGCAGCUGGAGUCCGUGAUGAAGAAACUGGCCCCAGAGCUGUUUGACUCUCAGCCUGACCUGCUGCACCAGCUUGUCACCAUCAUGAAUCCCAACGUCCUCAUGGAGCACGGCGUGCCUGUUUUCCGGACCAACCAGUGUGCAGGGGAAUUUGUGGUGACUUUUCCCAGAGCCUACCACAGUGGCUUCAACCAGGGAUACAACUUUGCUGAGGCUGUCAACUUCUGUACCGCAGACUGGCUCCCGAUGGGUCGUCAGUGUGUGGCCCACUACCGGCGGCUCCACCGCUACUGUGUCUUCUCCCACGAGGAGCUGCUGUGCAAGAUGGCUGCCGACCCCGAGAGCCUGGAUGUGGAGCUGGCUGCUGCCGUCUUCAGAGAGAUGGGAGAGAUGAUGGAGGAAGAGACACGGCUCAGAAAGUCCGUGCAGGAGAUGGGUGUGCUGUCCUCGGAGCAGGAGGUGUUUGAGCUGGUCCCUGAUGACGAGCGUCAGUGUCAGAAGUGUAAGACCACAUGUUUCCUGUCGGCUCUGACGUGUCCCUGCAGCCCAGAGCGUCUCGUCUGUCUGCACCACGCCACGGAACUCUGUGACUGUCCCCUGGGAAACAAGUGUCUACGCUACCGUUAUGAUCUGGAGGAGUUUCCCUCCAUGUUGUAUGGGGUGAAGUCCAGAGCCCAGUCCUAUGACACCUGGGCCAAGCGGGUCACUGAGGCCUUAGCUGCUGACCACAAGAACAAGAAAGACCUGAUAGAGUUGAAGGUUCUUCUGGAGGAUGCAGAGGACAGGAAGUACCCAGAGAACAGUCUGUUCCGUCGGCUGAGAGAAAUGGUGAAGGAGGCCGAAACCUGCUCCUCUGUGGCCCAGCUACUGCUCAGCCGCAAGCAGAGACACAGUACCAGGCAGCGUCCAGAGAGCAGCAGGACUCGUAACAAGCUGACAGUGGAGGAGCUGAAGGUCUUUGUAGAGCAGCUGUUCAAACUGCCCUGUGUCAUUGGACAGGCUCGACAGGUCAAAGAGUUACUAGAGAACGUGGAGGACUUCCAUGAGAGAGCCCAGGUAGCCCUGGCUGACGAGCUGCCUGACUCCUCCAAGCUGCAGGCCCUGCUAGACCUGGGUGGAGGUCUGGAUGUGGAACUACCUGAGCUGCCCAGGCUCAAACAGGAGCUGCAGCAGGCCCGCUGGCUGGAUGAGGUGCGUGUGAUGCUGGCAGAGCCCCAUCGGGUGACCCUGGAGCUGAUGAAGCGGCUGAUAGACUCUGGGGUGGGGCUGGCACCACACCAUGCUGUGGAGAAGGCCAUGACUGAGUUGCAGGAGAUACUCACUGUGUCAGAGAGAUGGGAGGACAAGGCCCGUGCAUGCCUACAGGCCAGGCCUCGGCACAGCAUGCUAACCCUAGAGAACAUUGUGAUAGAGGCCAGGAACAUCCCGGCCUACCUGCCCAAUGUCCUGGCCCUCCGAGAGGCUCUGCAUAAGGCCAAGGAGUGGAGUGCCAAGGUGGAUGCUAUUCAGGUAGUGUCGCGUCACACGAGUGGCAGUAACUAUGCGUACCUGGAGCAGCUGGAGAGCCUGCUGGCGAGGGGUCGCUCCAUCCCUGUCCGGCUGGAUCCCCUGCCCCAGGUCGAAUCCCAGGUGGCCUCGGCCCGCGCUUGGAGGGAGAGGACUGCACGCACCUUCCUCAAGAAGAACUCCACCUACACCCUGCUACAGGUCCUCAGUCCACGUGUGGAUAUUGGUAUCUACGGCAACAGCAAGGGCAAACGCAAACGAGUCAAGGAGCUCCUUGAGAAGGAGAGAGGAGGUCUCGACCUGGAGGGUCUCAGUGACCUGGACGAGAGUUACGAAGACGCCUGCGACCCGGCCACCGUUGUAGCGGCAUUCAAAUCCAAGGAGCAGAAAGAGGUUGAGGCCAUCCACUCCCUCCGAGCUGCCAACCUGGCUAAGAUGGCCAUGUCUGACCGUAUCGAGGAGGUAAAGUUCUGUCUGUGUCGUAAGACCGCCAGCGGGUUUAUGUUGCAGUGUGAACUGUGCAAGGACUGGUUCCACGGAGCCUGCGUGCCAUUACCGAAAACGGGCUCUCAGAAGAAGCUCAUGGGCACAGCCGGUUGGCAGAGCAACAGCAAGGAGGCAAAGUUCCUGUGCCCAUUGUGCCAGCGCUCGCGUCGCCCGCGUCUGGAGACUAUCCUGUCCCUACUGGUGUCCCUCCAGAAGCUGCCGGUGCGUCUGCCUGAGGGAGAGGCCCUACAGUGCCUGACGGAGAGGGCCAUGGGCUGGCAGGACCGCGCCAGGCAGGCCCUGGCUACAGACGAGCUGUCCUCGGCCCUGGCCAAGCUGUCGGUGCUCAGUCAGAGGAUGGUAGAACAGGCUGCCCGGGAGAAGACCGAAAAGAUUAUCAAUGCUGAGCUGCAGAAGGCUGCCGCAAACCCUGACCUGCAGGGUCACAUCCAGACAUUCCAGCAGGCUGGGUUCAGCAGGGCAGCUUCGCCACGCCAGUCUGUCGACUACGAUGACGAGGAGACCGACUCAGACGAGGACAUCAGGGAAACAUAUGGCUACGACAUGAAGGACCCAGGUGAGGUGAAGCCGUACCUGUUUUGUGAUGAGGAGAUCCCUGUCAAGUCGGAGGAAGUAGUCAGUCACAUGUGGCCCACCACACCAUCUUUCUGUGCUGAACACGCCUACUCCUCUGCCUCCAAGUCCUGCCCUCAGAACCAGAGCACCCCCAGGAAGCAGCCCAGGAAGACGCCCCUGGUGCCCCGCUCCCUCGAGCCCCCUGUGCUGGAUCUGUCCUCCCCGGCCAAGGCCCAGCUGGAGGAGCUGAUGAUGGUGGGGGACCUGCUGGAGGUGUCCCUGGAUGAGACCCAGCACAUCUGGAGGAUCCUGGAGGCCACACACCCUCCCUCUGAGGAGAGGUUCCUACAGGUCAUGGAGCAUGAGGAUUCUCAGUUUGAGAAGCCGGUGAAGAUCAAGAUGAAGGACUCUGAGAAGAAGAGGAAGAGGAAGUUGGAGAGGGCGGAGCACCAGCUUCUCAUGGCAGCUGUCUCUGGGGUCGGAGACAUGAUGCGGUCCCCCAAGUCCUCAAAGGAUCCGAAACGGAGCCUCUUAGACCCACUGGGGAAACCCAAGAAGAAGAAGCUGAAGCUGAACCCGGAUAAGAACCGUGAACUGAAACAGCUGGCCAAGCGCCUGGCUAAAGAGGAGAAGGAGAGGAAGAGGAAGGAGAAAGCUGUGAUCAAGGCUGAGGCUGUCAGGGAGGGACUGGAGAAAAGGAAAGAGAAGAAGAUCCUGGAUAUACCGUCAAAAUACGACUGGUCCGGAGCUGAGGACUCCAAUGAUGAGAACGCUGUCUGUGCAUCCAAGAACUGUAUGAGACCCUGCAAGGACAAGGUGGACUGGGUUCAGUGCGACGGCGGCUGUGACGAGUGGUUCCACCAGGUGUGUGUGGGUGUGACCUGCGAGAUGGCCGAGGAGGAGGACUACAUCUGCAUCGACUGCACCCGCAAGUCGUCCAUCUUGAGUGGGGGCGUAGUUGGAAGUUUGGGCAGAAGCAUGGGUGUAGGAGGAGGAGGGGUGACAGCAGUGGUGAAGGUGGAGCGUGUUUGUGAGGAGCCGGUGGUGCUGGAAGUGCCAGUCUGCAGCGGGCUGAGCCAGAUCAUUGUGCCCCCCUCCCACUCCAUAAUGAUGCCCCCCACCCAGACCCAAAUGAUGCCUCCCUCUAUUUCCCUCCCCCAACAGCAGCAGCCGGACACUCAUGAGAGAAGCUAGCGCAGACCCAGGACAGAGACUACAUUUACAGUCGGCCACCACACACACACACACACACACACACAAACACCCGGUAAGCUCGCAUCAGACCAUUUGAGUCUGGAAGACCCUGACAUGUUCUGACCAACAUAUUUCGCUCAUCUUGACUUAGUGGUAAAGAAGCUUCAAAUUAAGGGGUAUCCUCAAGACUGGAUCAUGAUACUCCCAUGAGAAUAAUACUACAAAGAAAUUAGACUUUAAGCUAAAAGCUUGUGGUCCUGUUUGAUGCGAGAGAGGUAUUUUCUGCAUCACAGACUGAAACUCCAGAUGACCUUUUUUCCCCACUCUCCCUCUUCUCUUUUGCCAUGGGAACCAAUUGUUGAUGAGUAUUUGUUUCGCUCUAAUUCAGAACUGUUAAAGAAGGCCUUAUAAUCCAGGGAACACUGUGUGCACAGAGUAUCAGAGCGGUUUUUACUGCACGACUCGGAAUGACCAUGGUAUGUUUUGUCUGUUUCUGGAGUUUCAGUUUCAGGUCUGUAACGUUCUCUAACCCCCUCUGAUAAUUAUCUGGAGCCAAUCUGCCUGUCCUACUACAGUCAGAAACUUCAGUACAGUCAUCAUGAAUCUGUAAAUCUGUGUCCCAAAUGACACCUUGUUUAUAAAGGGAAUAGGGUGCCAUUUGGGUUGUAAUGUUACACCUCCACAUAUUCAUGAUGACUGUACUGAGUUGGAAGGUAGCCUAGCUUUUUAGAGUGUUGGGCCAGUUAACGAAAGGUCUCUGGUUCAAAACCCCCAAGCCGACGAGGUGAAAAAUCUAUUGAUGUGCACUUGAGCAAUGUACUUAACCCUAAUUGCUCCUGUAAGUCGUUCUGGAUAAGAGCAUCUGCUAAAUGACAAAAAUGUAUAUGUAAAAAUUUGGGAUGCACAUUCAGUAUCCUCUCCUCUCUGCCUGGCCCCAAACAAUAAGUAACAGCUCCAUGUAGGACUAGGAACAAUGGUUGUAUGUAGUGAUACGUAUUUAUAAUGUGUAUAUAGGUUUUAAGCAAUUAAGUGAUUGGAUGUUGCUGUUUUUGUUUUCUCACCUUUAAUAAACAAUUCCUAGUCAAAUGA